CCUCGCACGAGAAACUUAACACCGUCAUCGGGUCGCCGCCGAGAGCUGGCUGUAGUACCGUACUGGCGUGAAGCGGACUGGCCUGCAGCGACGGGUAGUGAAAAGUAGUGUGGUGAAGGACAUGGCGAGGGUGUGACAUGGCCUGUGUGCUUUGUAUCUAAGCUUCUUCAGGAGUUCCUUUGCCCACUGACGAAGGAAUCCAUGAAGGUGGAAGUGAACCUGCUGGCGAGGAUCUCCCUGAAGGUGCCCCUGCGUUCACAUAAUCUUCAGAAUGGUUGGCUCCAGAAAGGUCGUCGUGUCGGCCCUGCUGGUGCUGAGCGUGGCGCUGGUGCUGGCGGUGCUGCUGCUGCCGCCGUCAGCCUCCGCAGCCGUCGCCGCCAACAGGAAGGUCUCCAUCUGCAUCAAGAACUGCGGCCAGUGUAAGAAGAUGUACACUGACUACUUCAACGGCGGACUCUGCGGAGACUUCUGCCUCCAGACUGAGGGCCGCUUCAUCCCGGACUGCAACCGCCCGGACAUCCUCAUCCCGUUCUUCCUCCAGCGACUAGAGUGAAGGAGGGGCCGCUGCCGUGGUGUCGUGGCGCCUGACGCAGUGCCCCUCGGGAUGCACACACGUCCCCGCACCGUGCUGGUCGUCGGCAGCGGCAGGAGAAAGGACAUUACGACGGUGCUGCCCUGUGGCUGACGCCCUCCUACCCCAUCUCCGAGUCACGUGCAUGCAGGUCAGGUCCUCACGGUGAAAGCUGUCCGCGUGCCUCGCCCUGCUGCCCGCUGAACGCUCACAAAAAAGCGGUGAUGGAGAGCAACUGUAUCCGAAGUUAGGCUGUAGCUGCACCAUCCCCAUUCAUCCAUCCAUCCAUCCAUCCAUCCAUCCACUCAUCCUAGGGUGUCCGAGCCUGGGGACUAACAGGGAACGGGGAUGCUUCAAGCGACAUCCUCGUGCUUAAAAACUGGCACACUGUCACGACGGAAUCAAACACUCCCCACUCCAUUCCUCCGUGUCCCCACACGGAGCCCUGCGCCCCUCAUCCUCAAGUCACACUCUCCCUUAUUUUAGUUCCUUUAGUCCCAAGAGAGUCAUUGCUGAUAUGUACAUAUAUAUUUUUCUACAAAGCUUUGUAUUUCCAGUAAAUAUACCCACAUG